CUUUCUGUGAUGGCAUUCACUGAAGGCUUUCCUCUUAUCCCACUAUUAAUCGCAGUGCUCCUCGCGGCUCAUGGACUUCGUAAGAAGUCGUUAUCGCCAUCUGGGGCAUUGGCCGCCUUAGUUGUAGGGUUCAUCAUGAUGUCCGCGCGCGUCCGUACUUUUGGUGUCUCGCUCAUUGUCUUCUAUCUUGUCGGAUCGCGAGCGACAAAAAUCGGACAGCUCACAAAGGCAACUCUAGAAGAAGGACACCAAGAAGCAGGGUAUAGAACAGCUGAACAGGUCCUCUGUAAUUCAUUCUCGGCAUUCCUUGCUACGCUCCUCUGGAUUGCGCUUUUCGUACCUGGCUCGUAUCUUGCCCAGAUUCUUCCACAGGGAAUUGUCUUUCAAGAGGAGCCUUACUCUCAAAAUGUCUGGUGCCCGCUAUCGGUCUCGCACGGACAUGGAUGGAGUCGAUUCUUGUUACUUGUCUCGUUGGGACAUUUUGCAUGCUGCCUUGGGGACACGCUUGCAUCAGAACUCGGGAUACUUUCUAAGUCUCCACCUAUUCUUAUCACAACCCUCGCGCGGGUCCCUCCUGGAACAAAUGGUGGCGUCUCUAUUCUUGGUACUGCCGCAUCUGCGUCGGGCGGUGCCAUCAUGGGUUUGACAAUGGCCAUUUCACUUGCAAUGGAAAGUUCUGCUUGCCGCGAAAACGUUAUCGGAUUACUUGUGGAGCUAACUAUUGUUGGCGCCGCUGCCGGAUUGUUUGGAUCUUUGAUCGAUUCCCUUAUGGGCGCUACUAUUCAGCGCACACGCUACUCGAAAAAGACCAAACGCAUCUUACAAGAUGAAACACCCGCCCCCGUAUCUUCAUCUGAUGAAAUCCAGGUUGUCAGUGGAUUCGAUUUGCUUACAAAUAACCAGGUGAACCUAGUGUCUUCGAUAAUCAUUGCUCUUGCAACAGGAUAUCUUGCUUAAUAUCAUAUCACCUACACUGGAUGUUCUCGUACUGCACGCUACUCGAUUACACUGAGCAGCUGCACUUACGCAUGCUUGGUUCCGUCUUUUACGUCCUUUAGUACAAUUAUCUCUGUCAUUAAUGGCAUUCGGAACUCUUAGUAUUGUGAGAAGAACUGAACCUUUUCGAUUUUCUGACUUUAUUGCCCUUUGCAAGCACUGUGUACUACCUGAUGAGAACGA